UCAGGAGUGAAACGUUCGCUGUAGCAAUCAGGUUGAAAUACUGAGAAUUAGCCCUGCAGCUGUCCCUGCCUGCGGCGGCGGUGAAUCAGUGCUCUCAGGCUGGCACGCUGCGCUAAUCUAUCACCCUCCUGAUGAAGUGUCAGCCAGCAAAUGUGCCGCGCCGCGCCGGCUAGGGAGGAUGGUCGCGUGGACAUCGGCGCGUCGCAGGUGUGCAGCACGCACGCGGGAUGGAGAGGACACGCCGUAAGCACCGCUACUACAUCUAUGCAAGAAUGCCCAUGAAGAUUAAGACGCUGGUGGUGAUCUGGCUGGUCAUCUUCAUCGGCAGCUGGGCCGUCUACUUCAAGUACUCCUCCUACACUGAGCUGUGCCGGGAAGAUGCCUGUAGAGCCAUCAUCUGUGACCGUUACCACAAGGGAAUCAUCACCGGUCCCCUGUGUCCAGCCCUGUGUGAUGACCACACCAUCACCCUCAACCAGUGCCUGUCCAGCCACCCAGCCAACCAGGUGUACCAAGGCUGGCUCCAUGGGUCCAAGCAGAUCAUCAUGAAGUGCAACCUGGCGCCCAUCUUCCACGACGGGCUGGAUCGCGAGAUGCCUUACGAGCGUCCGGAGAAGGGCUCCUCCAUGGACGACUUCCGGGAGAUGCUGCAGGACUUUCUGGAGAGAAACCUGGGGAAGGGAGAGCACAACGCCCUGCAGACACGCAUCCUCAACGCUGCAGACAUCAACAACGACGGCAAGGUGACUCUUGCAGAGGCCAAGUCCAUCUGGGCGCUGCUGCAGGUCAACGAGUUCUUCAUGAUGAUGAUCCUGCAGGACAGCGAGCACACCCCCAAACUGGAGGGCUUCUGUGGGGACACGUACUUCGUCCAGCGGGUGGACACGAACCGCCUGUACGGCGUCCACAUCCCGUGGAUGUUUGAGAUCUUCCUCCCCACCAGUUAUCGCCAGGCCAUGGACCAAUGGUUCACCCCCUCCUGGCCUAAGAAGGCCAAAAUCGCCGUCGGACUUCUUGAGUUUGUGGAAGAAAUUUUUGACAGCUCGCACGGCACCUUCCACAUGUGUAAAACCAGCCACACGAACAUCGGCUACACGAUUAAACACGACUUGAAAAUGAUCGAUCUUAGGAACCUUUACCCCGCGGAGGUCCUGAAGGAGACGCUCACCGAGAAAACGUGUUCUAAGAACGCGGACUGCGAGCUGACGGAAGACUGCAGCUCCAUGUGCGACGAGACCGCGUCGAGAUGUACGGGCGAGCUCGUCCGACCAAACCUCUCAAAAAUCUGCGUAGUUUUACAUGACUAUCUUCUGAAGGAGGUCCCAGCGGGCAUCAAGGAUGAGCUGACGUCGCUGCUCGAUAAGUGCAGCAGACUCACCACCAACACAGAAGAUAUGCAAAUCCACCAUUCCCUCAUCCUCAACAACCUGAAGUCUUUAUUGUGGAAACAGAUUUCUGAUGUCCAGGACUCCUAGCACCGGGGGAUGACAGAGACUUAUACAUAUGUACAUGUAGUUAUGGUAAAACAUCUGGUUUGGUGCACUCAACUUUUGUAGACAAUAUGGUGUGACAAUUGGGAGUUUAUCAAUAAUGGAAGGAGAUGACAAAAAAA